CUUGGAGCUGACAACAGCUGGUAGAUCGUGGUAGAUCACACCCUUACAAGUCAAACAAGUUAAUUAAGAAGAACAGAAGAUGGUGCAUGCCAAUCUCAGGGACUGCAAGGCCUGGCAGGAUAUUGGUCUGCCCCUUUCCACGACCAGCAAUGAGGCUUGCAAAAUGUAUGAUGCUUUUCUGACACAGAUGUUUCCCACUAUUGAAGUUAAACUGAUUGGUCUUUACUUGAAAGGGAUGUACUCAUUUGGGCUGGUGGAGACUAACUUCUACGACCUGGCAGAGAAAGUUGCCAAAGAGGGCUUGGCUCUGAACCCACGUGAUGCCUGGUCUGCACAUUCCCUGGCACAUGUGUAUGAGAUGCGUGCAAAUGUGAACAAUGGACUAAAGUUUAUGAAAGAGACAGAAAACAACUGGAAGGGUUCUGAUAUGCUCGCCUGUCAUAAUUACUGGCACUGGGCACUAUACCACAUUGAAAAGGGUGAUUAUGACACAGCACUCUCAAUUUAUGAUACUCAUAUUUCCAAAAGCUGUUUUGAAGGUGGAUCAAUGCUGGAUAUUGUGGACACAAGUUCUAUGUUGUAUCGACUCCAAAUGGAAGGUGUUAAUGUUGACAAUCAAUGGAAGAAACUUGCCACAGUCACCAAGAAUCACGCCAAAGACCAGAUUCUUAUCUUCAAUGAUGUCCAUAUACUGAUGUCACUGUUUGGAGCUAAAGAGAUUGACACUGCAAAUGAGGUGAUCACAUCACUGCAAGAACUCUCCAAAGCUCCUGGUGAAAACUAUCAAUACCAAAUCUGUAAAGAUUUGGGACUUCCUAUCUGUCAGGCAAUAGCAGAGUUUGCAAAUGGAAAUUACAGUCGCAGUGUGGAUCUGUUAAAUCCAGUUCGUUACCGGAUUCAGAACAUUGGAGGCAGUAAUGCACAGAGAGAUGUCUUUAACCAGUUAUUGAUCCAUGCUGCUUUAAAAUCAGACAACAGAGCUCACCAUAAACUAGCCAGAUGCCUCCUCGUGGAGCGAGAUGCUUUUAGACCAAACUCUCCAAUGACUGAGAGGCUGAUUCGCAAAGCCACAGCACUGCAUAAUGUGGACUAAAAGAAAUCUAAGGCACAUUCAAUACAAAUGGGAUAAUUACUUUAACUUGGUUUAAUAGUCAUCUGCUAACAAUUUAUAGGGAUUAUAAUUGAGGGAGGGAGUGAUUAGAACAGGGGAGGAAAAAAGCAGGAGGAGGGUAUUAGGGAAAAACAAUGGGAAGGAGAGUGGAUAGAAUAUGGAUGAAAGAAACAAAGAAAUUCUGUGAGGAACAGUGGUAAAACAAUCCCUUUGUGGAUUUAAAAAAUGAAUUACGAUUAGAUUACUAAUUGUAUAUCCUUAAAUAAUGUUAUAGAUUCAGGAUGAAAACUCUGUACUUCUGCUAUCCUUGUGUAGUGUAAAAUAUGACAGAUUGACUCAA